AUGGCGAAAACAAAAUCAGCACCUGGACCCCCUCGAAAACAAGGAUUUAACCGUCAUAGUCACAGUAUGAAUCCAGAAAGAAAAAAGGAAGAUUUAAAAGGUGUUGCUAACCCACGAACUAAAUCCACUAUAAAAAGACUACAGAUGUAUAGAAAUUUUAAGGCAAAAAGAAAUAGGCGUGGAGAAAUCAUAUCACCAGCCCCCUUUCAAGGGAAACUUCCAUCAGGAACUAUGGCUCGCGUAGAACCUAACCAAAAAUGGUUUGGCAAUUCUCGGGUCAUAUCUCAAGACGCUUUGCAAAAAUUUCAAGAAGAACUUGGAGUGGCUUUGAAAGACCCUUAUCAAGUAGUAAUGAAACCAUCUAAGUUACCAAUAUCACUUCUUAAUGAGAAAGCAAAAUUUUCAAGAGUUCAUUUGCUUGAGACUGAAAGUUUUGAAAGUGUUUUUGGUCCAAAGAAAACAAGAAAAAGACCUAAUGUUAAAUUUUCAAGUUUGGAAGCUUUAUCUAAAAAUGCGGAUCAUUCCUUGGAAAAAUACUCUGUAGAAAAGGAUAAUGAUCUUGUAAGAGAAGAUACAGGUGUAAAAGAAAGUGUUCGAGAAUGGAUCAUGAGUGCUGGUUCUAGUAAACGAAUAUGGAAUGAAUUGUAUAAAGUAAUAGAUUCCUCUGAUGUAAUUUUGCAAGUUUUGGAUGCCCGUGAUCCACAAGGAACAAGAUCAUCUCAUAUUGAAAAAUUUUUAAGGACGGAGAAGCCUCACAAACACUUAAUUUUUAUAUUAAAUAAAGUUGAUCUUGUCCCAACUUGGGUUACUCAGAGAUGGGUUGCAAUACUGAGUUCAGAAUAUCCUACUGUAGCGUUCCAUGCAUCACUCACACAUCCAUUUGGCAAGGGUGCUCUUAUUAAUAUUCUUAGACAAUUUGCAAAAUUACAUAUUGACAAGAAACAAAUAAGCGUAGGAUUUAUAGGUUAUCCAAAUGUUGGUAAAAGUUCUAUUAUUAACACAUUAAGAUCGAAGAAAGUGUGUAAUGUGGCUCCUAUAGCAGGAGAAACAAAAGUGUGGCAAUAUAUUACAUUAAUGCGAAGAAUAUAUUUGAUUGACUGUCCUGGAGUGGUAUAUCCAAGUGCUGAAACUGAUACUGAAAAGGUUUUGAAAGGUGUUGUUCGGGUAGAACUUGUACAAACACCUGAGGAUUAUAUCCCUGUUGUUUUGGAAAGGGUUAAAAAGGAGUACAUGAAAAAAACCUAUAAAAUUAAUGAUUGGGAAAACGCUGAAGACUUUCUUGAAAAACUUGCAUUCAGAACAGGAAAAUUACUGAAAGGAGGGGAACCUGAUGUUGGAGCUGUUUCUCGCAUGGUUUUAAAUGAUUGGCAAAGAGGGAGAUUACCUUUCUACAUUGUGCCAGCUGGCUUUGAAGAACCGCUUUCCAAAUCUGAAGAAAAUUCAAAUGAUAAUUUCAAUUCAAAUUCUGUAAAUGAAGAUAGCAAAAUGGAAGAUGCUUCUUUAGAAAUAAAUCUACCAUUAGAUCAUUUGGAAAGUAAUGUAGAAAAUAAAACUAGUGAAAAAGAGAUAGAUGAAAAAGGAGUUAUAAAUUCUGAAGAUCAAGAAACUCAAAAAGUUAGUGAAAAAGAUUCUUUGCAGAUGUUUGUAUCGCAAGACUUUCAAAAAAUUAAGGUUGGACUUCAGUUCACUGAUUCAGAAGAUGUGCGCCUACAGGAAGAAAUGUUUGUUAAAAUUAAAGCCAAUGUUGCAGAUGAUUCUGAUGUUUCAGGUAGUGGGGAGGAAAAUGACAGUAUGGAUAUGAAUAAAUCUAGUAACGAAGAUAUCAUUGAAAAUAAAAAUACAGAAAAUAUAAUUCAAAAUGAAAUGGAGUGUGUUGUUACAGAAAGUAGAACUCAGAACAAACUGUCUGAACAAAUAGAUGAAAGUUCUGAUUCAGACAUGGAAGAAAGUAUUGCCAAUUAUUUAGGAAAGUCUCUUAAAGAUGUGGUUUCUGUAAUGCAUACAAAAAGUGGUGUAUUCAAUGUAUCUGACCUGAGAACAGAAAACGAUACAUCAAAGAAUGAAUCAAUGCCAAAAUUAAGCAGCAAAAUGAGGCGGCGGAUUGAGAGAGCCCAAAGGCCUAAGAGGUCCAGGAUUUUGUCAGUUACCAUAAAAAGAGGAUGUUUAAGCAAUAGUGCUCUUAAAAGUUUAGUGCAUGCAGACAUUUUGGAAUUAGAUUUAAGUGAAUGUCCUGUUUGUGACGAAACAUUGCAAAUAGUAUCAGCAGCUCACAGUUUGCGUAAAUUAGACAUCAAUCCUGGUCGCAAUCAACGUAGAAACAUCAGUGCUGAUGCUCUAAAGAACUUAUUUCCAAGUGUACCUCAUUUAAGUAUUCUUUAUAUGAGGCGGUGUGAUGGUGUUUCGGAUGAUGUUAUAAGCACUCUCGUAGAAUGCUGCCCUCUGCUUCGAGAACUAGAUGUUGGAGGAUGUGUAAUGAUCUCUGAUCAUUCCUUGAGAAAACUGAAAGAUUUAGAAAAUUUAAUCUCCCUUAAUGUUUCAUCAUCACAGGUGAGUGAUCAUGGGAUAUUGGCUUUAGUAGAAGGAAAUUGUGCAGAAACACUGACUGAAUUGAGGCUCGAUUCCUGUCAAAGGAUUACAGAUUUUGCAAUUGAAACUAUAGUUUUGUAUUGUUCGAACAUGAAAGUAUUGAUAUUCCAUGGCUGUCCUGUCACAGAUGCUUCAAGGUUUGCACUGGAAGAAUUGCUUUCUAAGUCUAAAGUGAAGCAAUUAACAUGGACAGUAUAUUGAAACAACUCAUUUCCAGCAAGAUGUGUAUUUAUUAUUGAUACUGUAAAUAAAACAUUUUGUAACUUUCUUAAAUAAUUAAUUCUGAUCAGUAACAACUCAUGCAAAUAUUAACAUUCUAUACUACGUCAGGAAUGCAAAUUACUCUGAAUUUUAUUUUCAAAUUAAGUUCCUUUUAGGCUCUCUUAGCAGCAGGAGGAGUCUGUUUCAGUUGUAGAAUUAUAGAGCGCAUUCGAGAGACAUCCUUGCUAGUUUUACUGGAUUUCGGAUUGAAAUCGCACAGCUUAGCAAUUCGUUCCCACUCUGUACCAGGUUCGAUUUCAUCUGUCUCGGCAACAAAUUGUUUCUCAGCAUUUCUGA